AUGGUUUCUGUUAAGUAGUUGAACAAGUGUCAGUGUUCGCGUUUAGACGAGGGUUUUAUUAUACUUUCCAGCGUUUAUGGUGCUUAUUUAUAGGCAGCACUGUUAAAAACAGUUUAUGUGUGAUAGUGUUUUGACGGCAAUUAAAUAAAUUAGCAAAUAAUUUCUAUGUGUUGUGAAUUUUGAGUGGUACGUUGGAGCUUUUCUGGUCGGAAUAUUUUGAGUGCAUCUGAAACCGUUCCUGAAAAUGAUUGACGCUGAUGCUGAAGAAAAACUAGAUUCAAGCAUGAUGUGUUGAUAAAUUUUGAGUGAUAAUGGGUUGGGUAUUAUUCUUUGUUAUGUGGCAGUUUUGAAUCGUCAGUACUUCGCAUGAUUAUAUUGUAGAAAGUGUGUGUGUGCUUGCGUGUGUGGGGUUGUGUUUAUUAUUUGGUGAGCAGAGAUCAAAGAAAUCAAGAUGGCUGCUUAUAACGCACGGGACAUGGAUGGUUUCAUGGCGUUGUUGACAUCUACAGACACUAAGGCAAAGUUAACAAUUGCUAAUAACUUAAUUAAUUACUUGGCAGAACCAGAUAAUUCUAUUGAGUGCUCGGAUAUUGGACAGGUCAUCGACAGCCUCAUACCAUGGAUGCAAAGUAGUAACAACAAGGUAUCACAGAACGGAAUUGAUGCCAUGACAUAUCUCGUAGACAGGAUGGGAGUUGACUUCCGGCCGUAUAUUUCAACAGUGUUGCCACCAAUCAUUGAUAGGCUUGGUGACAGCAAAGAGAUGGUGCGAGAGAAGUCUCAAUUGUUCAUCCUCAAAUUAAUGGAGAAAGACGUGAUAACACCGCAGACACUUUUCGAGAAGCUGUUGCCUGCAUUCUCCCAUAAGAACGGCAAGAUACGGGAAGAAGUGAUGAACUGUUUACAGACAACUCUCACAGAGCACGGUGCACAGUCGCUGUCCAUUUCGCGCCUCCUGCCGUCCAUCGUGAAGCUUCUCGGGGACCCGAUGGCGUCUGUCCGCGACACCGCGUUCAACAGCCUGGUGGAGAUAUACAGGCACGUCGGGGAGCGGCUGCGGGUCGACCUGCAGAAGAAGUACGCCGUGCCUGCGUCCAAGUUGCCAGCAUUGAUGGCGAGGUUCGAUGAAAUGAAAGCUGCCGGAGACAUGUUACCUUCUGCGAUGGUUGAUGGACCUCUUGGCCGAAAUGAGGAUGACACAGAUGGAGCGGUUAUGUCUUCAGCAACCAAAAUGCGAGCCAAUAGUGUGCCACGAAAAACACCAGCUUCCACUACGAAGUCUGCACCAUCCAGUGCUGCCGCCUCGGGAAGCAAAAUACGCAGGACCUCGUCUCUGCGCCGGGGGGCGUCGUCGGCAGGUGGCCAAGCGGGGGCUAUGGACGAAGAAACUUUCACGCGUUCGUUUGAAGACGUGCCAACGGUCCAGUUGUUUUCUUCCCGUGACCUGGAUGAUUCCCUUAAUCAGAUACGCGAGAUAAUAUCUGAUCCCAACAAAGACUGGAACAAACGAGUGGAUGCUCUAAAGAAGUUGCGCUCGCUCCUGAUUGCUGGCGCCGCCAACUUUGAAGAGUUGUUCGCCCAUAUUCGGUUGCUUGAAAUCCCAUUCCAAGCUGUGAUCAAAGACUUGCGGUCCCAAGUUGUGCGCGAAGCAUGCCUUACAAUCGCCUUCCUCUCAGAAAAACUUAGGCAUAAGUUAGACAAAUUUGCUGAAGCUGUUCUCCCGAACCUCAUUAAUCUCAUCCAGAAUUCGGCCAAGGUGAUGGCGUCGGCGGGGCUGGUGACGGUGCGCUUCCUGAUCCGCUACACCCACUCGCACCGCAUGAUACCCAUCAUCACCCAGAACCUGAGCUCCAAGUCGAAGGACAUCCGGCGCGCUGUGUGCGAGUUCCUGGAGCAGCUUCUGAGCUCGUGGUCGACCCACAGCCUGGAGCGGCACUGCGCCCUGCUGCAGGAGGCCAUCAAGAAGGGCAUCGCGGACGCCGACCUCGAGGCCCGCCUCUCCGCCCGCAAGGCCUACUGGAGCUUCCGCAGCCACUUCCCCGACCAGGCGGAGGCGCUGCUCAACUCCCUGGACGUGUCCUACAAGCGGGCGCUGAACGGAGACCUCGCCAUGUCCAACUCCAGCAGCAGCAACUCCCUGCACCAGCAGGGGCGCCACGGGACCACUCCCCGGCCCCGCUUCACCGGCAGCGCCACCGGAUGCAUGCAAAGUUCCUGCAAAAGUGGACCUCCCAGAAGUGUAGGCAGACCCUUGAAAAUGAAAAGUUCAGGUACUCAUUUGUCAACACCGAAACCUCUCAGAGUGAACCCUAGCGGUAGUAAAUCAACCCAGAAGAAAACUGUCACCUACCUGUGUAGUAGUAUAAGCAAGAAGAGACUGUCUCGCUGUAGAGUUUCAAUAGAAACUAACAGCUCCGCUAGAAAGAAAAAUGAUUUUAAGGUUCCGACACCUCGUAACAGGAUUGGCCUAACGCCAGACAUGUCACAUGGGUUUGAAUGCUCCUCCAAUGCGUCCCCAUCAUUCAAGCAGCCAGGACCAACUGCAAGGAGGAAGUUGAAUAUUCAAUAUGGCGUCGCCUCGGCGCGGCGAGGCCCGGCCACGCCGGGCAGCUCCCUGCGUUCGAACAGCGCCAUCGACCUGCAGGCCGCCCAGCGGGCCAAGGCGCGGGCUCAGUACGCCGCCUUGGCCCGCCAGAAGGUCGGGUCGGGGGCCUCGCUACCACGGCCCAGGAAAGUGGACACGGUGGGGGCGAUGACGAUGAGCGCCAUCACGUCACCCGAGCGCGCCGGCCGUGCCAGGAGCCGGGUGUCGGGCGUGUCUCAGUCCCAGCCCAGCAGCCGGUCGGGGUCGCCGUCGUCGCGCCUCAGCUACGCCACGUACGCGAGCCGCGAGCCCGCAGCGGAGGCCGCCUCCCCCGCGACGGCCGGGCGCCCCCGCCGGCUGUCGGGCAUCCCGCGCUCCACCGGCGCCUCCCGGGAGACGAGCCGCGAGCCCAGCCCCAGCCGCUUCGGGGGCCUGCACGACCGCUCCUUCGGCUCCAAGCUCAGGAGUCGGCCCGUCCACGGGAUCACGACCCCGGACCGACCACCGCCGGCCGCUCGCCCGGUCAUGGCCCAGAAGAUACUGCAGCAGAGUCUGGAGGCUGAGUCCGCGUUGGCCGACGCUCUGAAUUUCGACACGAUGGACAGUGGUGACUUCUCUCGGCUGUCCAACAGCGGCCGCAAAGGGUUUCGGCCAUUUGACGACCACUCAGACGACAGCGAGACAUCCAGUGUGUGCUCGGAGCGCUCUUUCGACUCAUUCAGGCGGCCCUCGGAUUCGUUCUCGUGGAGUGGGUCUCAGCAGCGACUGUACCGGGACUUGCUGGAGCCGUCGAACAAGGACAUCUCCGAUAUAAUAGCCAACUGCGCGAGCACUCAUUGGUCCGACCGCAAAGAAGGGCUGGUGGGUCUGCAAAGCUACUUCCAAAACGGAAACAUGCUGACAGGAACAGAGUUGAAAAAGGUCACCGAGAUCUUCACCAAAAUGUUUAAUGACUCUCAUACCAAGGUGUUCAGCUUGUUCCUGGACACGCUAAACGAGCUGAUACUGACCCACAAGGCAGACCUCAACGACUGGCUGUACUGCCUACUGACGCGCCUGCUCAACAAGCUUGGCGGGGAUCUGCUUGGGUCCAUCCAGACCAAGAUCCAUCGUUCCCUUGCCGUCGUGCGGGAGUCAUUUCCCCACGAACUUCUCCUGGGCUGCAUUCUCAGGUUCAUCGUGGACCAGACGCAGACGCCCAACACCAAGGUGAAGGUCGCGAUGCUGACCUUCCUGACCCAGCUGGCGGGCGCGUGCGUGGAGUCGCCGUGCUCGCUGGGGUCUCACAGCAACGCCCCGCCCGCGCUGGCCCGGAUCAUCGCGUGGAUGAGCGACGCCAAGUCCGCGGACAUCCGGCGCGCCGCCCAGAUGGCGGUGAUAGCGCUCUUCAACGUCGACACCCCGCAGGUCACCAUGAUGCUGUCCAGCCUGCCGUCGGAGUACCAGGAGGCAGCUGCGUCUCUAGUCCAGAACCACCUGCGUCGCAGCAGCACGACGUCUCCCCCCUCCCUCUCGCCCGGCCUGCAGUCCCCGGGCACCCCGCAGCAGCCUCGCACCCCCCGCACCCCCGCCCUCGACAUGGACGACUCCCUCAACCCAGAGGAAGUGUACAGGUCCCUGCGCCGCACGACGGCAGAGAUCCAGAACUACAGCUUCGAGUCGGGGCUGGGCUCGGGCAAGCAGCUGGAGCGGGACCGCGACACCACCAGCCAGGACUCGGGCAUCAGCCAGAUGUCGCUGGGCGCCGGCCUGGAGGAGCAGCUCGAGGCCAUGAGCCUGGGCAGCAACGGCUGGAGCAACGGCAACGGCUCGCCCACCCACCGCCUCAAUGCCAUCAACGCCAUCAACAAGGACAAGGACGCAGCCAACGGGCUCAUACCCAGUGAGAGCCACCAGCACGAGGAAGCGGAGGCUGUGCGCAAGGUAGUGGACACACUGACACACCACGGAGCGCCCGACAGUCCCGCAGAGAGCACGGAGGCCGAGCGCAAGGCGGCCCUCGCGCAGCUGCUCAAGCUCAUACGAGAGGGCAGCACCGUCACCGUCAUCGAGCAGUUCAAGACAGUCCUGCGAGUACUGCUCGACCAGCUGGCAAAACCAGAGUCCUCGAUAAGGGUGCUCGUGUUCAACAUCCUCACUGAGAUGCUGAAGAAGCGUUGCAUGGCUAGCUGCUUUCAGAACUUUGUGGAACUUCUUGUUCUCAAAGUAUUUGAAGCCCAUCGAGAUGCCAGUAAAGAGGUGCUGCGUGUCGCAGAGAGCUGCGCUGCCACGAUGGGCACCGUGCUGCCUCCGGACAUCGUCAUCCGUGUGCUCAUCCCGCUCAUCACGACCGGGGACUACCCGGUGAACCAGGGUGCCAUCAAGAUGAUGACCAAGGUGGUGGAGAGCCACCCGCGGGAGGUCAUAGAGCCCCACGUGGCUUCUGUCAUGCCGGGCCUCAUUACGGCGUACGACGACGAGGAGAGCUCGGUGCGCAAGUCGGCCGUGUUCUGCAUGGUGGCGCUGCACAACCUGGUGGGGGAGGACGGUCUCCAGCCGCACCUCGCCGCCCUCAAUGGCAGCAAGCUGAAGCUGCUGCACCUGUACAUCAAGCGCGCGCAGCAGGGCUCGUCCGCACCCACGUCCCCCAAGAACGCCCCUCCGUGAACCGCUGCCAGAUGGUGUGUGACAACGCAAUUCCGUGGUUUUUAAACCUUUAGCCAUAUUCUGCCUAUGUUUACAGUGUCAAUAUUAAAUUUGCAACUCCAUAUUUCAUUACAAAAUUUAAUGGUCUUUCUAAUAAGAUGAUUAACAAAAUAAGUUUAUUACAAGUACUUCCCCUUACAGGAGGUCUUUGACCUGCAGUUUCUAGUUAUGAGUACCCUUGGUUUUUUCAGGCAAGUUCAGAUAAAUUUAAAAUAUUCAGAGUUAAAAAUUAAUUUCUUUACAAACUGUUUUCCACGGUACACACUGUUAAUUUUUAUUGUUUGUGCCUUUUUUAUGUAAUAAACUUUCAGGUGAUUAAUUUUUUGCAAGUUGACUGACUUGAAUUUUCAUAUAUAUAUGAAAACUUAAAUAAUUACACUUGAAGAUGUUAGUAUUUGUGCUGAAAUACCUGAUAGUUUUUGAUUAGUUGCCCAAAUAUGUUUACUAAAUGUUGGUGAUCGUAUAGAGAUUUUUUUAUGACUAGAGUAUUGUGCUUGCUGUAAAAGUAUACCCUGUGGAUGGAUGGUGUUUUUGAAUAUUAAAGUGAAUCUCUGAAUUAAUAAAAAAAAACAGCAGUAUAAGUUAUCUUACAUUUGCAAUAUUAGUUGGCUGAAUUAAGACUGAGAUGGAGUUAGUUUCAUUAUAUGUGCAGCCAAGUGUAUUUGCCGCAUUUUCUCCGUUCCCUUUCCUUUUUCAUUGCUCAUAAAAUAAUUUCUUAGAUGGAGGGUAGGAAGCAAAUACUGCAUGCAGAAAGUAAACUUAACAAAUGCUUAAGUCCACAAGAUUGAAUAUAUUGAACUAAUAUAGUAUAAAAAAAUUAUAAGCACUCAUUUUUGAUGAUGAUUUUAUUUUUAUUUUCCUUUGCGAAAUACAUUAAAACUAUUUUAAUAAGUUUUUUUAAGGAAUUAAAAUUUUAAUUAGUAACAGAAUAAAUUACUUAAAAGGAUUCAAAUAACUGUACAUACCAUGUAGGUCUAGUGCAAAAUUAUUUGAAAAUAUCACGCAGGAAAAAACUUAGAGAGGAAAUUUCUCAAAAGAGUUUCGUUACAGAAAUAGAUAGGUAAUCAUCGUAGUAUAGUAGUGCCUAAAAGCAUUUGAUGAGAAAUUAUUUUCAGACAGCCUACAGGACCACCUGUUACUAAACAUGAAUGAAAAUAAAAUUAAAAAUCUUCAGCAUUUUUACUUUGUAUAAAAAAUGUGAAUCUCAUAUGUAUAAUAUAAUUUUCACUAUGGGUCAUAGAGCAGUUUAAAUGCAUGUGUAUUGCAUCUAGGAUUUUGUCCAUUUCAAAAUUUUUGGGAGUCCUUGCUCUAAGCCCUCAAUGCAAAUAAAUUAAUGAGUUGAAGGCAAAACCACCUCUCUUGCUUGUAUUGGUCUCUUGAAAGAGUGUUUUGUUUCCUGCCUUCAAAAUAUUUUUUGCUGUUAGCUGAAUUUUCUUUUUAUAUAUAUCACAGAGAGUUCCUGGGACUUGGUUGUAACAAAAAAUCAUAUUGUUACUUGUUCUGCAUUGCUCAUUUAAAAGUAAAUUUAUACAUGUACAAAUUUUUUUUGCGAAUAAAGUGCAAAAAGUGAAUUGCAAUGUGUAGCGACAAAAUGAUUGCAAAAAGUUUAAUUUUCAAUUUAUUUUUCCUUCAAGUUUUUGGCCUUAACAGCCAAAUUUUUUUGUGUAUAUUUGGAGAUUUAACUGGUGUAUAUAUAACAGUCAGUAAAAAUAAUUUAUUUUACAGUUUGACAUUGCAUCAGUAUUUCUCAAACUGGAAAUAAAAUAGUAAAACAUAAUUUUACUUGUAUGAUUGAUUGUCCAUUAUCUGUCACAAAUGAAUCUUUAGUGUUUCACUUAAUCAUUCCUCAAGUAACUCUCAGUCUAUGUGUAGUUUAGAUCAGGUGUCCAUAAAAAAUAUAUAUAUUUUUAAGCUAUUUUCAUGUUCUCAUUUUAAAGUUCUGAGCAUAUUAGUAUCCAUGUGUUUGUUCUGGUCAUUAGCUGACAUUCAAUCUUACUCUGUAAAUAAUGAUUGACAAAUUUAUGUGAUAGUAAUUCUAAAUUCAGUAUAAAUUCAAUGCCUAGAUGUUUGUUUCAGUGCGGAAAACAUUGGCUACAUUCGUUUUUAGUUUAAAAUAUAUAUUUGUUUUUUAUUGUUUUUAAAGGUGGUGUAACUGCUAUAAUUUGUUUUUUAGUUAGUAACAAGUCACUCUUUCAAGAAGAAAACAGUCAAACCUGUUAGGUUUUUAUAAGUUCAAGAGUGUUCCCACAUUGCAAAUUCAUAAUUAUUUUCCUGGUGUAUAAACACAGUAUAAAUAUCCUCUAUUCAAGCUUUUGUUGUUUGAUUAGCAAGAAUACUUUAUUAAGACAAGAAAUGUCUUGAAAGGUUUUCAGUUUUUAUAUACAUGUUUAUUAAACUUCAUGCAACUCCAUUUUUGAGAAUUUUACAUUUUUUGUUUUACUGAUUUGUUAAAACAUCAUAUUUUAGAAUGUUAAAUUCUAGAUGAAAUACUUUCAUUUAUUAAUUAAUUAUUUUCAUAAUAAGCAAGUACUAAGUGUUAACUGCUAAGCAUCUUUUAGACAGGUGUUAGUGUUUAGAUUUUAGAAACAUUGUCAACAGUUUAAGCAGUCCAUCGUACUAAACUCUGAUGUAACUCAUAAGCUGCACAAAGUCAUAUCCGAAGCUAAAUAAUGCUAUUUAUAAAUGAGCAAUGGACACUGUUGAUGUUAAAUGUUGCCAUUUGUUGAGAUAAUACCAGCAACUGUUAUGAAUCAAAAACAUGUGAUGAAGAACCAUGGCGAGUAAAUUUUUUUAUGUAAUAAUGAUGUGUGAUGUUUUAUGAAAUCGGACUUCUGACAGGAAAAGGUGUGAUAAGUAUAGUUUAGCUGGAAGACUCGGUGCAAAAAAAAAUUUAUUUGUGGCCAUUAGAAACUAAGUGGUCACUUUAAUUUUUGCACAUGAAGAAAAACACUUUUAUAACUUAAAAAAAUGAAAGAACAAGAUACUUCUCACUGCGUGUGUUAGAUUUUAAGCAAAUCAGACUAUAGAGACAACUGCAUGCCUGCACUUCUCUACAAGACAGACUGUAGUCAUUGUUUUUGACAUUUAUUAUUCAAAAUAAACAGUGUUGUUGUACAGAAAAGUUAUGGAUUUGAUAAAUAUAAAUAAUCAUCUGUAGUUUGUUUGUUUCGCUUUGCAUUGUUUGUAGCAUGUGUGGAUAAGGUAAGUGAUGUAAGUGAUGUUACUUGAACUUGAAAGUGCAAAAGUAUUGACGUACAAAUGAACUUUUGUCCAUGUUGCUUACAUCUGAAUUGUAUUCAGAUGAUAUAUAUAAUAUAUACCAGUCUUUAAAUAUGAAAUAAACAUUGGAAUUUCUAGUGUUUUUGUGAGAGGGAUAUUUCUACCUGAAGUAAAAAAAAAAAAUUUCAUUUGUUUUGUAACAAUUUUGUUUCCCAUGAGAACUUACUAGUCUUUGUUCAGUUUUAAUUAUUUUAGUGAUACGUGUAUUAUAUGUUUUUGUUACUAAUGUUACGUACCAUUUAUAGAUGUUUAAAAACACAUUUUUAUGUAACAUAAAAUUGAUUUGCCUUGUGUUAAUUGUAACCUAGUUAAUUAUGAAAUAAUUAUUUUGUGAAUGCAACGAGUGUGAGGCAUUUUUUGUUGUGGUUUUGUGCUCUGGUUUCGUGCAAAUGGUAUCCAUUUAAUACUAACUUUCACAACGUAAUAAUAUGGAGUUAUUGAGCUUUUCUGUGACUACAGUUGCUGUACCAUGUUAAAGUGCAUCACUCUUAGUUUCAUUUGUGAAUGAAACCUGAUUUUGUUUUCCAAUUAUGUAACAUGUUAACUUCAAUAAAAUUGGCUUAUUACAGAAA